AUACUCGUUUCCUAACAGAGCGUUACUCCAGCCCACUUGCCCAAGCCCACCAGGCCGCAGGGUUUAGGAGCAACCAGGGUAAGGGCAGCCCUGAACCGGAACAAGUGUCAAUUCACAUUACCGGCACUGGUCCUGGUUCGGAAAGUCUGGGCAGGAACCGUGAGACCCAGAGAAGCCACCCGCCCAAGGCCGCCUCCAGCCUCCCCCCCACCAGCAGCCCAGGGCCCCGCCCUACCGGCAGCCGCGCCUCGCCGCCCUUCCUCCAGCUUGGCCCUAACGGCUCGCAAUGGCGGAACAGGGAGGCAGGAGCACUGCCGCUUGGGGAACCUCACCCGCCGGCCCAGGGCUCAGCUCGCCGUCUGACAGCCCCGGGUACCUUGCCCAGCGGGGUGCAAGGCCGGCCUGCGGCAAACGCCACUACCGGGCAGUCACGGCCACAACUGCUUCCGGGUGAGCGGGUCGUCGACCCUGUGGCCCCGCCCAUCCUUUGCCUCCUCAGUCGGCCGCUCAGGCUGCGGCUCCUCCCGGGGCCGGUUCCCGCUGUCUCAGCCGCGGCGCAGAGGGCACUUCGGCCUGACCGACUAGCCGGCUGCCGGUGCCGGGAGCCGCCGCGUCCAUCCCCGCCCGCCUGGCCGGGGGACCCAGGACUGAGUCGUCCAGCUGCGCCCCUCGCCCCUAGCCCCAGCGGGCGCCGGGGCGGGCAAGCCGCUCUUCGGCCCUUCCCGGACAGCGACGCAGUCACAGCGCGCGCUCUAACCCAGAUGUGGGAAGAUAAAUGAAGGGGUCUAGAAGUAAGUGUCAGUGGAAAGGAGAGCUACCAUCACUAAGAGACAGGAUUUCACCGUGUUGCCCAGUCUCGUCAUUUUUCUAAUACUGGGCUGAAAACACAGUUAAAUCACUUUCAAAGUUAAAAGACUGUUAAGAACACAAGAUGGGGACUCCUGGUUCUGGGAGGAAAAGAACACCUGUGAAAGACCGAUUUUCUGCAGAAGAUGAAGCUCUGAGUAACAUUGCCAGAGAGGCAGAGGCAAGGCUGGCAGCAAAACGGGCUGCCCGGGCAGAAGCAAGAGAUAUACGCAUGAGAGAACUGGAACGGCAACAAAAAGAGGAAGAUUCGGAAAGGGCCAGGUAUUCCCACCGGUCCAGUCACCAUCGUCCUUAUCUGGGAGUUGAGGAUGCGUUGUCCAUUCGAAGUCUUGGCAGUCACAGGAACCCAUCGAAGGAUAUAACUGGGACACUUUGGAGCAGAGCCAGUACACCCAAAAGGAAAGACACCAUGUAUGAUAUGUUCAAGGAUAGAUCAUCAAGACUUUCAUCAUUAAAUCAUUCUUAUAGUCACUCUCAUGGAAUGAAGAAGAGGUCUUCUGGUUCUCAUAAAGACCCACUGAGUGGCCUCUACUUUGACCAGAGAAACUAUAGCAGUCUUAGACAUAGCAAACCCACCUCUGCCUACUACACUCGGCAGUCUUCUUCCCUGUACAGUGACCCUCUGGCAACAUAUAAGAGUGACAGGGCGUCAUUGUACAAUGGUGGAUUAUAUAACCCUUAUGGUUCUCGAACUCCAUCUGAAUGCAGUUAUUACUCAUCAAGAACAAGUUCAGCCCGAAGCAGUCCAGUGUUUACCAAUGAUGACACCGCAAGCAUUGUGUCUUCUGAUUGUGCCAGUCAUGGACAAAGGGAGAGUGUGGUUUCUGCCGCCGAUUAUUUCAGUCGCUCCAAUCGUAGGGGAAGUGUUGUCUCCGAGGUGGAUGACAUCAGUAUCCCAGAUUUGUCCAGCUUGGAUGAAAAAUCUGACAAACAGUAUGCCGAAAAUUAUACAAGACCUUCAUCUCGAAAUUCUGCCUCAGCAACAACCCCUCUAAGUGGAAACUCAUCCAGACGAGGAAGUGGGGACACCAGCAGCUUAAUAGAUCCAGACACCUCAUUAAGUGAAUUGCGGGAUAUCUAUGACCUUAAGGACCAGAUACAGGAUGUAGAAGGGAGAUACAUGCAGGGGCUUAAAGAACUGAAGGAAUCUUUGUCUGAAGUGGAAGAAAAAUACAAGAAAGCCAUGGUUUCCAAUGCACAGUUAGACAAUGAGAAGAACAAUUUGAUCUACCAAGUAGACACACUCAAGGAUGUUAUUGAAGAGCAGGAGGAACAGAUGGCAGAAUUUUAUAGAGAAAAUGAAGAAAAAUCAAAGGAGUUAGAAAGGCAGAAACAUAUGUGUAGUGUGCUGCAGCAUAAGAUGGAAGAACUUAAAGAAGGCCUUCGGCAAAGAGAUGAGCUUAUUGAGGAGAAGCAGCGCAUGCAGCAGAAAAUAGACACCAUGACAAAAGAGGUGUUUGACCUCCAGGAGACACUUCUUUGGAAAGAUAAAAAAAUUGGGGCCCUAGAGAAACAGAAAGAAUACAUUGCCUGCCUUAGGAAUGAGAGAGAUAUGCUCAGAGAGGAGCUGGCUGACCUGCAGGAGACAGUGAAGACGGGAGAGAAACAUGGCUUAGUUAUAAUCCCCGAUGGCACUCCCAAUGGUGAUGUCAGUCAUGAACCAGUGGCUGGAGCCAUCACUGUUGUGUCUCAGGAAGCUGCUCAGGUCUUGGAGUCAGCAGGAGAAGGGCCAUUAGAUGUAAGGCUACGAAAACUUGCUGGAGAGAAGGAAGAACUACUGUCACAGAUUAGAAAACUGAAGCUUCAAUUAGAGGAGGAACGACAGAAAUGCUCCAGGAAUGAUGGCACAGUGGGUGACCUGGCAGGACUGCAGAAUGGCUCAGACUUGCAGUUCAUCGAAAUGCAGAGAGAUGCCAAUAGACAAAUUAGCGAAUACAAAUUUAAGCUUUCAAAAGCAGAACAGGAUAUAACCACCUUGGAGCAAAGUAUUAGCCGGCUUGAGGGACAGGUUCUGAGAUAUAAAACUGCUGCUGAGAAUGCUGAGAAAGUUGAAGAUGAACUGAAAGCAGAAAAAAGGAAGCUACAACGAGAGUUACGAACAGCACUGGACAAGAUUGAGGAGAUGGAGAUGACCAACAGCCACCUGGCCAAGCGGCUGGAGAAGAUGAAGGCCAACAGGACAGCACUUUUGGCCCAGCAGUAGGAAAACCACCCUUCAACCUGGGUGAUGCUCCUUGGGGCCCUACCUAGAGGGACUGACUUUUGUCCAUUGACACAAACCCCUUUUAGUACUGUUUUGAGUUUUGUCAUUAAAACAGCCACCUUUGUAUUUUAUAAUUUAUGAGAGAAUGAAGCCAGUUUGAAUCUUCAUGAAUGAACACUUUGGAUUUUGUUGUAGUUUGAUUCUAGGCUAGAACCAGUCCAUGCUGUUUUUAUUUUUUAUCUCCGUAAUUGUAGAAUCAUGUUUACUCAACAUUUUUCCCCAGCUGCCUCAGUAACUGGGCACUCGGAGGCCUUGGCACGGGUUCUGGAGGACAGACAGCAAUUCUAUGAGUGCUCACUGAGAUACUUGCUGGAGACCUCAGAAAACACAAGUGCCUUCUCCACGGUGCAAUUCAGACUUCAGUGAUCUCCAGUGGUCAAAAGACAUUUACCCUUAAUAUCAGACGACAUUUGUAUUUUAGUGAAGAAACAAGUUCUUGGGUGGGGAAUCUAUGUUUCACUCAAAUUUAUAUGUUUGGAGGAAAAAAGCCUUUUUUUUGUAAGAUAUUUAAAUUUAUAUAAGAAAAUGUUAGAAAAAAAUAUGGGGGAGUGUAUAUAAAACUCGCUUUAUUGCAUGGGGCAGGGGAAGUCCAGACCUAAUACUCUUAAAGUUUAAGAGUUGGGUCCUUUUUUCUUCAAUACAACUGUGCUGUACCUUGUAAAGUAUUUUAUCUGCUGCUUAUUUGUGGAAUGAAACCUCAAACAAACCCAAAGGGGGAGGGUAGGGCAGGGUGGGCAGAUCGGAAAUCUGCCUGCAGAUUCUAUUAAAUACACCCUUUUGCCAACCACAA